AGAAACCGGAAAUGACGUCUCUAAACACAGCGUUAUGGUUGCCGUGUUCACGCAGUGCUGUCGGAAAGUGCAGUAAAACCUCCUGCUUUUAGGUUUUAAUCCGUGAUAAAUGGAUCUUACAACAGAAGUACAUUCCUAAUAAACAGGUAAGGAUGAUCCGCAGGUCGAGGAUCAGCGUGCGUCCCAACGUGAAGCCGACGGGCCGAGCUGCAGCGACGUCUCGAGAAACUCCUCAGGGGACUGAGACGCCCGCUGACCUCAGUAAUGAUGCAGGGGUUAAAGCUGGAGGUCAGGAGGUCGUCGCAGAAGUCAAAGCUGCUUCUACUGUCCCGGCCACGGAGACGAACGACAACGCAGAAAGCCAGAGCGGUGAUGUAACCAGCCAAUCAGAUCUCAGUGUGACCACAGCGGACGUGGCGGGCCAAAGUGCAUCCACCAGCUCUUUGUCCACGAGGAGAAAGCGCUUUAGUGUCCUGCCCAACCUCAGCAAACCCAGAAGUACUCCAGCCUCCACCCUCACCUCCUCUAAACUCCCUAAAACUCCUGUUAGACCUGAUUCUACCCCUGAAAUACCCCCCGCCUCCACCCUCACCUCCUCUGAUGUUUCCGAAUCACCUGAAAAACAUGAAUCGACUCAGGAAUCUGCACCAGAACCACUUCCUGUCUCCACCAAAUCAUUUCGAUCUCCUGCCCCCAAACUGCCCUCUUCAUCCGUCCACAACGCUUCAAGAGCCUCUAGAUUUCCCACUAAAGCUGUAAUCACCACAGAACUUACCCCUGAUAAAGACUUAUCUACCCCAGAAUCUGCCCCAGAGCUGCCCCCUGCUGCACUCGCCCCAUCAGAUGGCAAAUCAAAGCGGAGAAAACCCAAACCUGUAACUCCAUCUCAGGACAACGUAGAGACACCAUCAGUCAGACUGGACGAAGUUGAGUCCCAGUCAGCCAAUCAGAAUGCAGCAGCGCAUCCUGAUUCUUGCCCCAGUGAAGAAGUUCACUCUGAUCCAGCGUCGGUUUCCGAGUCGCAGAACGAACCAGUCGUCCCGGAUGGAAGUGACCUCAGCUCUCCAGGGAAAAGUAAGAAACCACAGCAACACGUCCCUCUGGCCCUGAGGACCCUGAACGACCCAGUGGAUCGUCUCAGAUUAGCGCGAGCCAGAAAACUCCGAGAGCUUCUCAAGAAGGAGAUGAAUAAAGAAAAACAGAAGGAGAAGCACCAGAGACCACAGACUGGAAUGAGCGAGCGCAAAAAAACAAAAGAUCACACCAAAAUGACCAUGAGAGAGCUCAUCUACUACCUACCGUCUACUAACCCGAUGAAGUCGUACACUGAGGAGGAGCAGAGAGCUGAGACGGAUUUCCCUUCUUCUCCAAAAGCAGCUCCAGCUGUCCAGACAGCGACAGAACAGAACGCAGCAGAAGAGGAGGAGGAGGAGCGAGGAGGAGAGGAGGAAGAACCGAUGCUGGCUCCGAGAGUGAAGGUGGCCGAGGACGGAUCUCUCAUCAUAGACGAGGAAAGUUUAACCGUACAGGUGCAGAGGAUGAAGGGACCGAAUCCGGUGGAGGAGAGAGAUCCGAUAUUCGAGCGCGGAUCCACCACCACCUACUCCAGCUUUAGGAAAGGCACUUACACGAAACCCUGGUCCAACCGAGAGACGGACAUGUUUUUCUUGGCCAUUAGCAUGGUGGGGACGGACUUCUCCAUGAUCGGACAGCUGUUUCCUCAUCGAGCUCGAAUAGAGAUUAAGAAUAAGUUUAAAAAGGAGGAAAGAGCAAACUCCUGGAGAAUAGACAAAGCGUUCAAGGAGAAACGACGCUUGGAUCUCGAUUUCUUCAACAAGCUGCUGGAACAGAUCCUCAAAGACGAGGAAGAGAAACGCAAGAAAAAGAAACACGCCUCCCAGAUGGCCAAGAUUCCCCGUCGGAGACCAGGAGAGAGGAAGAGAAAGAUCUAUUCUUCAGACUCGGAGGAGGACGAAAGCUCGAGCAGCGACGCCAUGGAGGGAGAGAAGGAGAACGAGAGUGUGUGUAAUGAUGCAGGGAGCAGCGCUACUCCGAAGAGGAAGAGAGCAGGAGCGUCACAGAAGAGAAGUAAACACGCAAACCAGUCAGCUGAACAGGAAGCAGAGGAAGAAGCUGAGAGACGCGCUAAUGAAGAGUCGUCACCUGUUCAUGAGUUGGACUCUGUGGAAGAAGAAACUGAGAGCUUUGGUGUGAAACCGGUGCGGAGGUGGAGGAACAGAGGUCCUGUGGUGCAGAGAAAAGCUCAGGACACACACACCUCAGCCAGGGAAGACGGCGCCAAGGAGUCAGCCUCAAAUGACUCGGAGAACGAGGAGGAGCCUGAUCUGACCGCCAUUCAGGAGAACAUUCUCAACAAGCCGACGAGGUCGGGCCGGAUCCCUAAACUCUCUCAGCACAUGAUCCGUGCAGCAGCAGAUGAAGAGGAUGAUGAGGAAGAGGAGCAGCUUCCACCUCCCCCUCUUCCUCCUGAUGCUCGGCCUCGGGGCUCUCAGGCUAAACGGGGCAGAUGGCGCGCCCCUCGCAGGGGCAAAUCCAGACUGCUGACCCUACGUGCCUCGGCUACUGAGGAAGAAGAGGAUGAAGAGGAGGAUUAUGGUACAAAUCAGGAGGAAGAAAACUAUUCCUUGAAUGCGGAGGAGGAAAACCAGGCCUUCGUUCCGAUGGGGCUACGCUCUGUGACGACGGUCCAGUCUGAGGUGGAGGAAACCAUGGAGGAGCUGGACAUCUCAGUAAACGUUCCUGACGUCCUGGGAAUUUCCCAGAAUGCCGUGUGCCCUGAGUCGUCCUGUGAGAGGGCGCUGGCCCCCAUGGGCUCAGUGCCCUGCGAGCAUCAGCUCGACCUGCUCGUUGGUGUGAUUGAGUUCCUGGCUCCGGACCACAUGGAAGUGUCUGAAGAAGCAGCGAGGACUCUCCUGACCAUCGGACAUUCUGCUCACGUGACCCAAACUGAAGAACUGUCCAGUACAGGUGAUGUCAUCAUUGUCGAAGAGUCAUCGAGCCAAGUCCAUGAAGGAGUUCUCGUGGAAACGAUGGAUCAAUCUGAGACCAGGGUUGAAACCUGUGACGUGGUGACCUCUGACCCUUCUUCUAGCAUUACCUUACAAACUGAUCCAGUUAGUACCGUCAGUACGGGAGAUAAAACUUUAACACCAACUCCUCCGCAGGACUCCGCCUCUACGGCAGAGCCGGGUAGCUCUCCGGAAAGUAAAGUUCUGUCUAACGAAAUCCAACCAGAGACCUCAAACGUCAUCGUUCCAGAACCAGCAGCUUCAAAGACACGAAGGAACCGUCUGCCCAAACCCAAACCCAACUUGAGCAGAGCGUCCAGAACCGUGCAAAAGGAGCCUGCAGAAGCAGUCACCACUACUGCAGAAACGAUCAACGCUCCAGUAAAGGCUCAUGUAGAAGCAAAAACAGUGGAGUCCCAAACAUCAACAGCGAAAGACUUCAUUCCUAAACCAGCCUCUCAGCCAGAACCUGAGGAACAGAACGCAGAAAUUUGUGAAGAAAGAGAAAAUGACAGAACUGAAGGAUGUAGCUCUGUCCUGUCGCUAGAGAAAAAGAUGGAGGAUGAAGUUUCGGGAAAAACAACAUGUGUAGAGGAUGAGAGAAAAGAAGAAACACAGCAAACACACAAUGAGUCUAAAUCGCGUUCUUCGGGUUCUGAGUGCUCUGUGAAACCCUCUCAGUCGGUCAGAAGAUGUCGAGGACCCAAACCCAAACCUAACCUGGUGCGGAGCGUCAGAACCACACACGCCGUCACGGACAUCCAGCAGAACCAAGCAGCAGUUCCUGAUGAGAAACAAGCUGCUGCAAUCAUUUCUACUGACGUUCAGCAGCCAGACGAGGGCGCUCACGUCAUCCCAGAGCCAGAAAGAGAAACUCCAAACGAUCCUGUAACGGAGAUUCCUGAUGCUAAUCCUGAGGAACUUCCUAGAUCUGUGUGUGAAUCUUCAACUUCUGAUGAGCCGGUGUUUAUUCUCUCUCUCACUGAGGUCCUGCCUACUCUCACAGAAGGGGCGGGGCUUGUAACUGAGCCUCUCGCACUUCCUGCAACAUCAGGAUUGCUCUCUGAGCCAAUCAGUGCCAUUGAAAAUGCCACUGCUGAUGUGGGAGGUACCGGUCCAGCUGGAGAUCAGGUCUUCUCUCAGCUCCUCCCUGAUGUAUUGAUUCCCGUCUCAGAAGAGCAAGAGACUGAGAACAGAGAAAAUGAAACAAGCCGAGGAAAGGAGGAGGAAAGCUCGAGCCGAAUCAGAAGAAGAGAACAUUCUCCUUUAACUCAGAACAUUACUGCUCCAGAGGGACCUGAUGAACCAGCUGUGGAACCAUCAGCAUCAAGCCGUAAGGCUGAGGAGAACACUGAGGAGAACGUUGACCUUUCUGCUAAGAGGAGAAAACUUCCAGAAAGAGGCAGAAGAGCAAAACUGCAGAUCAAACCCAACCCAGUUCAGAGAAAAACCUGUCGUGACCUUCCGCCUUCGGACGAGACAAGAUCUGCAGAUGCUUCCUCAUGUGAGAUGAUGUUAGAAGAAACAGAACCACGACAGAUGUCAUUAGAGAUAGUUUCUUCAUUGGCCUCAACAGAAGCAGCUUCCUCAUCAGCCGUUUUGGAUAAAGAAGAAGCAGCUUCAUCAUCAGCCAUUUUGGAUAAAGAACCAGGAGCUUCAUCAUCAGCCAUUUUGGAUAAAGAAGCAGCAGCUUCAUCAUCAGCCAUUUUGGAUAAAGAAGAAGCAGCUUCAUCAUCAGCCAUUUUGGAUAAAGAACCAGGAGCUUCAUCAUCAGCCAUUUUGGAUAAAGAAGCAGCAGCUUCAUCAUCAGCCAUUUUGGAUAAAGAAGAAGCAGCUUCAUCAUCAGCCAUUUUGAAUAAAGAACCAGGAGCUUCAUCAUCAGCCAUUUUGGAUAAAGAAGAAGCAUCUUCAUCAUCAGCCAUUUUGGAUAAAGAAGAAGCAGCUUCAUCAUCAGCCAUUUUGGAUAAAGAAGAAGCAGCUUCAUCAUCAGCCAUUUUGGAUAAAGAAGAAGCAGCUUCACCAGCAGACAUUUUGGAUAAAGAAGAAGCAGCUUCAUCAGCAGACAUUUUAGAUAAAGAAGAAGCAGCUUCAUCAUCAGCCAUUUUGGAUAAAGAAGCAGCUUCAUCAUCAGACAUUUUGUUUAAAAACAGCAAAACUUCCACUGCUUCGAGUCCUGUAAUCUCACCUCCACCUGUCAGGACAGAGACUCCGCCCCCUCAGGCUGCGUCUUCUUCUUCUUCUUCUGCUUCUGCUUCUUCCCAAGGCGUUGUUGGAAACAUCGACCUUCCAGGGACUGACCCUGUGGAGCCUAGUGCCAGUGGGGUGGGGGCGGGGUCACAACCUGUCAAUCAAAUCACACCCCUGGCUUCACCCAGGCCUCUGACGAGACCUGGUAGGAGACCUAAAGGCUUCCUGUCCUUCAUGUCCAGUACAAGCACACAGAGACCCUCAGAGUCCACUCGGGCUCCUCAAAAACCCGCCGUCAUCACGUCUCGUACAGAGCGGAGACGAGCCGCACCGAGCACCUCCGCUCCGACUCCGCCUUCAGCUCCGCCUCCAACUCCACCUCCACACGUGAGCUCACACACGCAGGCCGAGACGUCGAGCGUGAACCCGAGCGCAGCAGAAGGAGACGAAGAGCCUACGAGUGUCGCAGCGUACUUCUUCAACGACAUCUUCACCGUAGUGGACGAACAGGAGGAGCUCGACUGAGGACAUGGACGGGCCAGGGACUAUUAGCUAGGAAUUAGCGUGUACUUGCUAGCAUUUACUCGUUAGUGGCAUUAGCGUAUUUACUGUAACACAGAUGAAGAGCGUCGCACUGUCAGUCAGGGAAAAACACACUCUACACACUUUUAUCCUAAUAUUUUUUACAGUUAAAUUACGUAAAGCUGAGUGAUCACAUGAUCAGUGCAACACCAAUCAAUGUGUAAUUUGGUGUUUAGGGGAUUUUCUUUGUCCUCUUUAUUCAUUUUACCUCAAAAGUCUACAAAAGCCUGAAGUUUGUCCUCUUAUUUCAGCAGAUUGCAUUUCGUUUUUAAGUUUCUUACAUGGUUUUGAGUGCUGCAGAGUUUUUCGUAAUCAUAUCGUAAUUAAAGCACAAAUAUUUAAUCUUCUUUACUUCCGAGUCUGUAAUUAUGACCCUGAACUUCAUUAUUGCAGUUUCAUUACCCACAAUGCCUGUCAGCCUGAAUCACCUUCUGUCUUAUCGUCUGUAUAAUUUUCGUAUCUCUGUAUGAUUUGUGGGUGUGGCCUAUUCCACUUCUUCUUUUUUGUGUGGCGAAUAUUCCCGAAUAGGAAAUAGGAAAGACGGGAGAGAUGGUUUCUAUAGUAUGGCAGGCGCUCCACAAAUUCCGACUUGUGAUGUCAUAACGGCUUCCUCAGCCGACCAAUCAGCUCUAUCAGCUCGUUUCACAUUUCUUUCUUUUUUCUCCCUCCUUCCUUCCUUAUUUUCUUUCUUUUUUCUUUCUUUUUUCCUUCCUUCCAUCCAUCUUGUCUUACUUUCAUUCUUCCCCCUUUCUUUUGCUUUUAUUUUAUAGAGAUACUAUACUUAUUUUAUAGAGAAUUCUAGGGAGUUAACCGGAGCCAUUGAUUAUGACUUGGUGCUUUAUUGCAUGGUUAAUUAUUUAUAUUACAGCCAUCGCCAUGUUGCUUUGUUGGAAUUGUGGGUAAAUUUUGGGCGCGUACACAGGAAAUGAAGGUCCCUGAUGCUCUGUUACUUCUUAGUUUUAACACCGAGAUCAUUCUCCUCAGGAACCCGUGAUGUUCUUGAUGUACGCUGUGCUUUCUCUUAGCUUUGUUAUUUUUGUGAUUUUGUUAUCUUUUUUUUUUUAACUACAGUUGCUGUACCUCUGCCAUGCUCGACACGUCUGGUGUAAAUAUUUGUCAUUAUCAGUGAUAUGCCACAUUUCCUGCUUUCUGUCUGUACAGUAUACGAUGGUGUAGUUUAUACUGUUCUACAUUUACAGUGUUUUAAAAUAAAACUCUGCUCUUGUUCCUGUUGUACACAAGUUUACACACAUCAUUUGUGAAUUGCUGAUUAACGCUGUCUGUAAAUAUGUUAAUAAACUUUUUUAAUGUGCUUUUA